AUGAUGGUCCCCAGGGCUUUUCUUUUUAGUUCUGUGUCUUCCCCAAAACCAUUCAGGCAAGAUGAGAAGGAUAUACCGCCAACCUCCACCUCUACCUCCCCCAUGGCCUUUUUCACGGCGCGGGACGUCGUCUCUGGCCUCGAGUUCCCCAGCGAGGCGACCUCUCAUGCUACGAGCCCAGUCGUGAUCCCUCCGAAACGGGGACCUCGUGUUACAUCAAGGCUUGAGAACAGCACAGCGCAUGGUUCAAAGAUCCUCUGCAAUAAGACAGUAUCUCCCCGGUCAUCGUCGCCCGCUUUGCGCGAUCGCCAUGUACCCACAUCCAUUGCGUCCAUCCUAGAAGCCACCGCGAUUCCAGUUCCCAGACGCACCUGGAGCGUGCGAGAGUCACGGAAACUACCGCGCGGAGAUCAUGUGCAGGAGUUUAGCAGGUUGCUGAUGGAAGGGAUCAAAUCAAGAGAUGAUCAUUUACUAGAAGGGACUGGUAACACUGCGCUUGACAUUUUGCUUAGCCCUCCAGAUGAGAGUGAAAAGUCGGUGGUUGGCAGCGAUUACGAGCCUGAGACACCGUCAUUUUCUGGACGGUCUAUGUCGCUCGAAUCGAUGCCGUUAUUAGAUCACGAUCUGGAUUCUCCAUCUAGCCUUCCUGUGCCGCCUACCCCAGCAAGCCAGCGAAGCCCUUCAGAAAGAAGAUACCGCCGCCCACCACAUCCGGAAGAUUGUGCUCUUGACCAUCCUCUGCUGGAAAGGGAUCUGUCGGAAUCAGAUUGGAGCCUGACUGAUUCGCAGCCCUUGUUUACUGAUGCCACUCCUUCCAAAUCCUCUGGCCCAUCCCGCUCGUUCCCUCGAUUAGGCUCCUCCUUCAAAUCCAAUCUGACAGCAUCUUUACGAGCAAUCAAGUCCGCUGCUCAAACUGUUUCGACCUUUGCUUCUCCAUCGGUACAACCAGAGGAUUUUUUGACGCGGUCUCUGUUUAGUAUUACUCCGGAGAUGACGGAUGACCGACGGCCUCCGCCCAUGAACGAGCCGCCAUCGCCCGCCCUAAGGCGGUAUCUGAACCCGAUUCAGGUUUCACCCUCCGAGAUGUAUGCUUACCAAGACUAUCCACAUGAAACCCUGGAUUCUCGGAACUGCCCAGUGUCGAUCCAAAUGCAGACAUAUCACCGUUCAGGGGCCCGUGGAGGUCGUAAGGGCAGGUUUCGUCUCGCCGGCUCCGCAAGCCGAGAUCGACAAUUACUGCCAUUCGAUCCAGAGCAUCCGGCCUUCUCACGGCCCCGAGAACCGCGGGAGAACAGUGAUUUUCUGCGCAUGGUGGUUCUCGAAAUGAACAUGAGACGUAGCGGAAAGCUUCGGGAUGACAUCCCUACCCGGGCGCGGAUCUGGUUACCACCACGGAAAAGCAUCCAGCAUCGGUUCGCCGUCUACGACUUUGAUGAGCACGACCACGAAGAAGACACUGAGCAUGUAAUCCCUCCACGAUGGAUCGGAAUUUCUGCCUGA